CUGGUCAAGGUGCUGGUCAUGUUCGUUAUCGCGACUCGAAGUUAACUCGCUUACUACAAGAUUCCUUGGGCGGAAACUCUGUAACAUUGAUGAUCGCCUGUGUCAGUCCAGCUGAUUAUAAUGUUGCGGAAACAUUAAGCACGUUACGAUAUGCAGAUCGUGCUCGCCAGAUUAAGAAUAAACCAAUCAUAAAUCAAGAUCCACACGCCAUGGAGGUUAGUAUACUCAAGGGCAUAAUACAAAAGUUGCGGAUGGAGCUGUUAGCUGUGGGUGGCAAUAUGUCCGCUUCACUAAAAGUCGAUGUACAAGGCGCUGUGCCAGUAAUUGAUUCCAACCCUGCUGACUACAAUAAUUUUCAUGAAAUACACAGCAAAAAAUAUCUUGAACUUCAGGAGAAAAAUCGUUACUUGCAACAAAAAUUACAGGCGACUUUACAUGAUGUUGCAGAUAAUGAGAUGCGUGCGCAUAUUGCUGAAGUGGCACAUGAGAAAUUAAAAGACACAACGGUGCAACUAAGGAAAAUUAUAAUGAAUUUAGAAGAGGAAUUCAAAAUUGAUUCCUCACCAGAAAAAAUACCAACAUUAAUAGAAUCUGUAGCUGAAAUGAAAAAAUUAAUUGAUAAUCUCGAUGAGGAACUUGAUCAUACAAAACUAGAAUUAGAGAGAAACAAGAGUCCACUGGGUAAUAGAUCUGUGGACGAUGAAAAUAUGUCAGAAAGUACAGAUAUAUUGAUGCAAGAAGAAGAAGACGCCUUUACUAAUAAGCAAAUAAAUUUAAAAGAGCAAUUGCGACAAAUUGAAAGAGCACUUAACAUCAAGGAGGAACUUCACCAACGUGUUGCGGGCAGUCUGAACAAGUUCUCAGUUGUUGAGGAAAAUCCUGAGAAACUGAUUGAAUAUGAGUGUAAAAUAAAUGAACUAGAAAUUGAAAAGCAGGACUUGUUAGAUAAGUUACAGACCACCAAAAAAGAUGCGUCUGCUAAACUAGCGGAGGAACGUCGCAAGCGUUUACAAGUAUUGGAGGCAGAAUUAACUAAAGUCCGUUCGCAGCUUAAACAACAAACCAAAAUGUUGAAACUUCGGGAGAAAGAUACACUUAUGAUUAAAAAUCUAAAUAAUGACAUUAGGCUUAUGAAAGAGUCGAGGGUGAAGUUGAUACGCACUAUGCGGCAAGAGUCAGACCAAUUCCGCCAAUGGAAGUUUACGCGCGAGAAAGAGCUUAUACAGCUGAAAAACAAAGAUCUUAAAAAAAAUAUGGAGAUGAAGCGUAAAGAAGAGCUUCAUUUGAAACAACGUAACGUAUUAAAACGCAAGUUUGAGGAGGCCAUGGCGAAUAACAAAAGGUUGAAGGAAGUGUUAGAAAAGCAACAACAUGCUCAAUCGAUGCGACAAAGUGGAAAGAACACAACCUCUGCACCCAUGAAUGAUAAUGUAUUAGCAUUUGUAGAGCGUGAAUUAGAAAUAUUCGUAUCCUUAAUUGACGCUGAACAUUCCUUGGACAAUUUAAUGGAUGACCGCGCUAUUAUUAGUAAUCGUAUCCGAGAUUUGAAAGAACAGCCGGUAAUUGUAGGUACACCUGAAGCACAAGAGCUUGCUAACUUGGAGCUUGAGUUAGAGCUCCGUAAUGCGCAAAUAACAGAAAUGCAGCAAAAAGUUUGUGCUGCUGAUUUUGAGACACGCGUACGUACGUUUUGUGACGGCUUGUACAGUAUUAGUGAAGCGCGUAUGGUCAUUAAACAUCUGAUAAAAUCUGUUUCUGAUAUGCGACGAGAACAUGCUAAUCGCUCUCAGGAACAAAAAACUGCAAUGGAUGAACUACGUAACACAAUUGAAACUGUCGAUGAACGCUGCAACGGGGUUAUGAAACGUAUGCGCACAAUGGAAGUUGAACAUGAGCAAAUGAUGAACAGUCGGGAGAGUAUGUAUGAAGAGAGGAUUUCUGUGUUGCUGCGGCAGUUGCACAGUACUCAAUCCACUGAAAAUAACUCUGCUGAAACGAAAAAGAUUCAGGAAGAAUAUUUCGAUAAAAUAGAUGAAAUGAAAGAAGUAAUAGAAUCUUAUAAAAAACAAGAAGAAGAGUUACAAAAGAAAAAGCAACUAACUGAGCCCAUACUUGAAGAUGAUAUUGAAGAGCUAAUGUCUAGUGAAGAAGAAGAAGAUGAAAUGAACACUUCAAGUAAAACUGAUCCAGAUUGGAUAAAAACGCCAAGGUUUCGACGACCAAAUAAACGAUCAACGACUUUUCGAAAUAAAUCAGAUACUUCGUCCCAUUCAAUGGACGAAACGCAUGCUGUUACGAGCAACGGGUCCGAAAACAUUGGCGCCAACAACGCCAACAACGCCAACGGAACAGGUAACAAACGGAGAGAGAAAGGCUGUAAGUGUCGUGGUAAAUGCAUCAACAAGCGUUGCGGAUGUUAUUCGAACACUAAGAAAUGCACGUUAAAUUGCGGGUGUAGUCUAACAUGCCUUAAUGGAAAAUUUUCCAAAACUGAUUCAAAUGAUGAAAAUGAAAUGAGUGAUAAUGUAAUAAUAGAGACACCUGAACAAGAACAAGUAAUAUCAAGUGAAGUUAUCAAGAAUAAUUCUCCAUCAGCAGACAGUAAUGUAGGAAGUAAUGCAACAUUCAUCACACCAAAGAUAGCGAGAUUAUCAACCAUAACAUUCGAAUCAACGUCGGUGAAAAAGAAAUUUUUCGAAUGAGAAGAAUAUUAUCAUUUGCGUAUGAUCCAUUCAUUUAUGAUGUCGAAGUAUUAAAAGCAUUUAAUAUAAUUUAAUUUUACUCGUAGUA